AUGUCCGUCAAUGAAGCACCUCAGAAUAAAGGCCAGGGACUUCGAAAGGCAAGCACUCGUCCCAAAAUUGUUAUACCCGAGGGAUCACCUUCCAAGAAUAGUGACGCUGCUUCCUUUAAUAUAGAAGGCGAUACAUCCCUCAACGAUGAUCUUUUAAGUAUAUCCGGCAGUGUCACACCAAAGGCGAGAAGAUCUUCAAGAAUGAGUCUGGAUUCAUUAACGCCACGAAGAAGCUUUGAUUCCAGAACUAUAUCCGUCGCCAAUAGUAGAUCUUUUGGAUUUGAGAACGAAACGCAUAGUGGAUCCAUGGAUUUCUCACCAUUAGGGAACAACUCUAUUUAUGAAAUCGUUAUGAAUACAAGAAGGAAAAACUGGCUGAAUUAUCCAACCGUCGCAGAUAUACCACCGGUGAGCCUAAGCAAAACAGAACUAGAUGACCACUGGAAAAGACACGUGAAAGAUUAUGUCGAGAACAUCAAGAAUGAAUAUCAAAUAUUUCAAAGUACAAAUAAUAUAAGAAACAUGAACCAAAUGGAGCAAUUAAAAGAGCUUCGAGAGGAAGACAACAGAAACGGAGAGUCAUUUGAAGAAAACCUUAGACAAAAUGAUUCUGAACUAAUAAGCAAUGUACCCGGCUUCUACUUUUCCGACAAGUUUCAAUUAGAUAACCCUCGGACGUUCCACAAGGUUUUGGACGGAAUCGAUUUGUUUUUAACGAAGUUAGAUAUGAAAGAACAAGCCCAGAGGGAAGGCGCCUUUUUUGAGUUGAGGGAUAAAUUAAAUGAUUACUUGGAUAUCGUAGAAACGUUGCUGGUUACGGAAAUAUCCAAGUCGUCACAUAAAUUCUUCCACGCGCUAAGUGAGGUUGACAAUAUUCAGCAAAGAGCUUAUGAUACGAUAAGUGAACUAAAGGAAUUAUCUAAAAAUAUCAAAACCAUCGAUGAUGAGAAUAUCAAAAAAAAAAUAUCGCAUCUGGAGAUGAUUUUCAAAAGAAAGAAUGUAGAGAAGCUGGAACAGGGGCUAUUGCAAGCAAAACUAGUAUUAAGCAAGACGGACGAAUGCAAAACGCUGUAUAACGAGGAGAAAUUUGAUACGUGUUUAGAACUAAUAAAAUCAAUCGACCAUUUGAUCAAGGGUAACGAUUCGAAUGACGGAGAUGUUCAAAACUGGACCCGGCCAUGGCCAUAUAAGCUGAGUGAUUUGAAAACCAUACCUGCCCUAUCGGCAACUAGAGAGUUUUUAACGAAUAUGAAGAUCGAGAUAGGAGGGAAGUUUAGUCUACAAUUAUCAAACCUUCUUAUAGAUGAUUUGAAGUCUUUCUGCCAAUCAAUCGAGACCAAAGAGACGUUAUGUAGACUAAAAAGCGGAUCUAAUGAUAAAAAACAGACCAUAUUCACCGAUACUUUUUCCUCAGAGAUAGAAGGAUUGAUAGUCAAGUUAAAUAGAUGUGAAGAGUUAACCAGUGCCUUCGACCUCUACAGAGAAAAGUCUAUUGCUGAGCUUAAAUCUGUUAUCAAGAUUUAUCUCCCAACUGAAAAUGCAUGCUUAGUUGACAAAGAUGGCAAUACUCUCGACGAAAAGCAAUGUAACAACGGCUCUACGAGCGGAUCCAAACUUUCACGGCUAAUAAAAGAGCAAACACCCGCUGAAUUUCAGUCUAUGCUUGUAAAUAUAUUCACACAUGCCUUAGAGGCUCUUCGAAGACUUUACGGGCAUCAAAAAUUACUAUUAGACAUAUCUCUCAAUGAAUUAGCAUCAGUGAAGAACCCAAACGAAAACCAACACAACAUGAUUACGCAGUUGGAUAUUCGUACCGGUAUUAACGAAAUCAUUAGAAUUAUUCAAUUACGUACAGGUAAAAUUAUUGCUGUAAGAAGAGAGUUGAACAUAUCAUUGCGGUACGACUAUUUCCUAAAAUUUUAUGCCAUAUGUGUUAUUUUUAUUCAAGAGUGUGAAAUAUUAAGCGGGGAAUUUUUAACAAAAUAUUUGAGUGACGUUUUAGCGUCCCAGAUUAAACAUUAUGCAAACGCACAAAGCUCAAGAAACUACCGCAAUAUAAAGAAAAAGAUCGACACCGAAAAAUGGGUACCGUACAUCGUCGAUCCGUCCAUCCAAAGCGAUGUUAAUGAUAUUAUAUCCAGUAUAGACAUAGACCCACUAAGAUGGACGGCUAUUUUAGACAUGACACGUAGUUUCUAUGCUUCCGAAAACAACGGAAGUGAAGACAAACGCAAAGAGGAAGGGGAUGAAGCGUCCCAAGGUCAUAGAAAAUCGGUUGUCGUUGGCGAUAAAACAUUUGUGGCGAGUCAGUCUUUACUCACUGCCAUUGAAACUAUAAAGGAAUUGAUGGUGCUUUCAAUAAACCUUCCUUCUAUGUAUUUGCCGAAUUUUGAGAAGUUGUGUUACGAUGUACUACAAUAUUAUAAUAGUAGCGCCAUGGCUUCUGUCACACAACCUGGAAAUUCGCUUUUAAAAACGGGUAGAAACUUAUCUAUUAUGGGAGAAUCAUUAGAUUGCCUUGCCGAAUUUGUGGCAAUUGUUCAAAGCUUUUAUCGAAGGCUUUCCAACUCCAGCAAGGAUUUUGAACCGUUUGAUCCGAGCCAUUAUACAAGCUUACUGGGACAAUACCAAACUUCAUCGAACAAAAUAUACAUGGCGAAUGCCCCUCCACCACCUGUAUGA